AUGGGUGCGAGAAGAUUGCCCACAAAGGACAUGCUCUCUAGAUUUGGUGUAGUAAUGGAUGGAGGUUGUGGUAUGUGCAGUUCGGGUCUUGAAUCUCGCGACCACCUUUUUUUUGACUGUGCAUAUGCAAAGGAAAUCUGGACUGCCAUCCUUCUCUCAUGUGGUCUUUCUCAGACGCCUCUCGAUUGGUAUGGUUCUUUCCAGUGGCUGUUACUUAACCUUAAGGGUAAAUCUCUGCUAGUGCAUAUUCUCAGGUUGGCUUGGACUGGAUUCAUCUACUUCAUAUGGGAGGAACGGAAUCACAUACAUUUUGGAGGAACUCAUCGCUUGGCUGGAGCUGUUGUUAGUUGUAUUAAAGAAUCUGUUAGAAUCAAAUUGCAUAUAACUCAUAUGAAUAGAAUUGAUGAUGUAAAUAGGGAACUGUGUAUAUAUUAG